CAAUCAAUGAAAAUAAUUUUUGAAUAUAUUUAUAACGUUUAAAGCAAUACAUGUAUACUUAGAUAUAUACCCUACUACCAAGAAGACAAGUCAAAUAAAUGCAAUAUUUUGUCGUGGAGAUAUCUGCUUUAGCUGGUUUAAAUAACAGUGAAUCAAUAAGGAAAACGUACUAAACAAUGCGAAGACCUUUUCCUCAAACUUUGGCUGCUGCUACCAAUGCUGGCAUGCACUUAGGUCAACCUGUAAAACUCGCGAGAAGAGCUUGCAGUAUAUUAAGACAGGUCAGCAUGCCUAUCGUUAAAAGAGAAACAUUUAAAUUCAAUAAACAUAAGUUGUUAUUGUUGGGUUUUCUAGCAUUUCUAGUAUUUGAAUUCAUGACAAACAACAGCACUAAUUCUGAGGACAGGCAAAUUACGUCAUACUCUACUGCGAAGUUUGUACCGAAUCAUUUUAACAAAACCUAUAGAAUUGGUAUUUUGAUAAUGUUUAACUACAAAGAAAACAAAGACACAUUAUCAUUGAUGACUGCAAAAUUGUUAGAACAAAACAUUCAAUCUAUUUUUAGGACAGUGGAAAAUGAUUAUAUUUACACAAUCUACGUCGGUGUUACAGAAAGUUUACGACAACAUAUUUCGUCUAAAUACAAGGAAUUUUCUGUUAUGACAUUAAAUAAUAAAUCUUUUUCUGACGGAAUCAAUUCGCUAGCUGAGAAAGCACUAAUUGAUCAAAAUGAUUAUUUUGUAGUGUCUAGUUAUAUCACAGUGUUUAAUCUAAAUACUUGGACGACGCAGGCUAUAUAUUCAUUAAAAGGACAUUGUCCAUCAGAUGUCGGUGCUGCUUUUCAAUAUUGUUGCAAUAAGAACACAACAGCAAUGGUUCAUAAAACACAUUUUACUUUGUUUGAUAGCCUAUUUCCAUCUAAACUGAAUAUUAUUGACUCACUAACAUGGCUUCAGAAAAUAUAUUAUCCCAAAUAUCUAUCUGCAUUACCUGUUAACACAGAAUCAUUUAAUGCUGACCUGUUAAAAAGAGCAAUGCAUGGUUCGAAAGGCAAAUAUACAAGUUUUAAAAACAGCUUAAACACUGAUAGAACACUUUGUGUAAUUUCAUAUUCGCUAUACGGUUCAGAUCCUAGAUACACGAUCGGCGCUUUGGAAAAUGCAUUUCUCGUAACAAGAGUAUACCCAGGAUGGCAGAUAUGGAUUUAUCAUGAUAACAGCGUUCCAAAAUCAGUUCUGGAUACUGUUUGUGAUCAGUCUAUCAUUAAAUGCAUAGAUAUGUCAUCAAGUAUGAUCAAAAACAAAAGAUCCUGGAGAUUUCUUAUUGCAUCUGAAAGAAACAUUUCCCGUUAUAUCAUACGAGAUAUUGAUUCUAGAUUAAGUUUUCGCGAGAAAGUGGCAGUCAACGAAUGGAUAUACUCCGGCAAAAAAUUACAUACAAUGCGUGAUCACCCUAACCAGAGGUAUUUUAUAAACGCUGGUAUGUGGGGUGGAAUGGGGGACACAUACCCAAAUAUGGAAAAUGCUCUUUAUGAAAACAUGUUGAAUGAAGAAUAUACAAGCGAUUCCGAUUUCCUUAAUGCUAUAGUUUGGCCGGAUAUAAAAUGUUCUGUCAUGCAACAUGACUCAGUUUCUUGCCUACGUUUCGGAGGAGUGCCUUUUCCUACUUCUCGUGUUGGAUAUGAACAUGUUGGAAGUGUAUACGUUAAUGGAAAAAUGAGAAAAUCUGAUGUUAUUGCAUUAAAAAUGUUUAAAGCUCCUAAUAAAUGCAAUACGCGUUAAAUUCCAAAGCGAUGUAAAUGAUGUUCAAGUAAACAAGUUAAGCAGAAAAAAUGAAAAAAAUAGCACGAAAAUUAGUUCAGAUAAAAGAUGCCUAACGUCAGCAACAACAUAAAGUGUCCAGGAUGUGAUUAUAUUUUAUAUUACAAAUUAUUUUGUACAUAAUCAGAUUGCAAAAUACUAUUUUGAAGACUGCAUUGAAAACGCAGCAAAAUAUUUCUAGAAUAUAGGACUCUUUGGCAAUGACUCCGUAGAAUCCUGGUGUCCUAUUUUAUAUUUGUAUUCGCAGAUCAACUGUCAAAAUAGUAUAUAUACCUACUCAAACAUAUAUAGAGAAGUAUGACAUAUCAAUACUGAUUCUAAAUGCUAAAAAGUGAAAAUACAUGGUUUGAAAAUCCUAAGGGUAAUAGAGCAUCGCUAAAAUGUAAUUUGAUUAAUAUUUUACAUUUUUACAGUGAAAACAUUUUUCGGAAUUUUAUUUAAAUUAGUUUCAAUGUUUGUGUUUGUCAACUCCUUAACACAUUGAAAGAUCAUAAUCUCCCUUCUAAACAGACAAUGAUCUAAAAUAUACUUUUUAAUUUCCAGUUAAAGAAAUAAACAAAAAACAUGACGGCAGAGAAAACGCUAUUGUCUGCUUCUCACUUACGAGAUCAAACGCAAAGAAAUUUAAAUUUGACUUAGCGCCCUUCUUCGAUCCAAUUAAUAAGACAUAAGACCCUAGUAGUUUAUUUUCUGGCUUUUUACUAUAUACCUUAUGUCCAUAAUUUAAACUGAUCUAAGACAAGCUUUUAUAAUUUAAUUCAAAUAAUCGUGACGACCGAAAUCAUUUUUCGCUUAUGGUAUUUUCCCGACUGUCUAUCUCGAAACAGUAUUGCUACUCAAUGAAUGAUUCUUCGAUCAUACAGUUGCACACACAUGUCUGUUAUUUAUUACAUAGCUAUCAAAAUUAUUGAAAACUGAAUGAAAUAUAUUUGGAUAUUUCGCCGUGAAACAAAUGAAAUAUAUUUUCAAUACCUGAUUAAAUGAAUUAUUUGAUAAUAAGAAUUCAACUGUACGCACAGAUACUAUAUUUUUAGGGUUGAGGAAUUAGGCACAAGUUUAUAUUUGGAUAAAGUGGACAAUGCGAAUACAAUGCUACGUUCAAACAUGUUUAAAAAAGUGUCAAUUUUUACAGCCGAUGGACUUUCUAGAUAGUUAUCAGAAAUUGCCGUUUUAACUUUGCAACUUAACAUUUUCACUAUAAAGUAUUGUACUGCAACCCUCUUAAUCCCCAAAGCAGUCCUUUACGUGUGUUUAACUAAAAGGCAUAACCAAGAGGUUCAACCUUAGAGGUGGUAGGUCAGAGCUUGGUCAUGAAAUGGAUUUUUUCAAACCUUUAGCAUUUGAACACUUUAUCCUUUUAGCACAUACUACAAGUUUGCUUUCAACUCAUAGUAUUUUAGAACUUUGAUUUUUUAUCAUAAUUGCCAAACUAAAACGAGGUACUUCAGCAUCAGUAUAAAUGCGAUGAACAUACUCUGUCUUAUAUAAGGAAAAUAUCUACUGCACUUUAAUUGUUAAAGAAUUGCACUAUAUAUCCAUCUGAAAUUCAUUACAAAUACAAGUUUGAAAAAAAUGUUAUAGCUUCUAUCGUUGUUACGCAUCCCUAUAGAUUGAAAAAAAUAUAUACAUGACACUGUUUCAAAACCUUCGUUUUGGUUCUGCUUGUUGAAGUACAGCAAUGUAUAUCGAAUGCAAUUGUAAAGCUAGAAAUCAUAUUGAAAGGAACUCUCAGCUUAUCAUAUUAUUUCAUUUAAAACGGAUUUUAUUACAAAAUAUCAUAAACAUCAAUGAACUAUAUUUUUGUAUAUAAAAAUGCAAUGUAUGUUUCUGUUCCUUCCAAAAUCUCAAAUCAACAAAUGCACUUGUUUAUUAAAAAAAUUAAAAUAAUGCGUUGAUUGAGGAACAUAUGUAACAAAAAAAAAAAAAAACAACAACAAUGAUAAUAACUACUUUAGAAAAAAAUAGACAUUCACAAUUGUAAAAUAACGGAGUAAACGAAUUCCUAUUAUUACAGGUUUACACACGCGAAUUUUCCCGACACCGAGUCGUUGUUAUUAAAAUAUUCAUAACAUAUUCAGGCAGCAAAUUUUUGCGACACCAAUGUCGUGUUCUUGAUGCGGAAUAUAUCAUGCCGCGUUAGAAAUAUCGAUUUUUCGGAUAUGAAAUAAGAAAUAAGAAAUGCUUGUGUGUGUGUCUAUAUAUAUAUAUAU